AUGGCCGACCAGCCGUAUUUUUACACCCGGCUGUGGGAGAGCAUUCCCUCCGCGCUCCCAUGGACCAGCGGUGACCCGAAUGCUAAAGGGGACCCGCGAAAGACCGUCAAAUGGAUUGAUGGUCUGCGAGGCAUCGCUUCGAUUAUGGUCGUCAUGACACACUUGGCUCGAUCUUACGACUACGAUCUGUUUUCUCCUCGGGACAACCCAGACGUGCCCCCCCGGCUGUUGCAGCAGAUUGUUCUGCGGAUUCCCUGGCAGGGUCGACUGGGUGUCACCAUCUUCGCUUUCCUGACCGGCUAUGUGUGCGCUCUGAAACCCAUGAAACUGGCUCGUGCUGGAAACACAAAUGCCGCUUUCACCACCAUAGCCAAGAGUGCAUUCCGUCGUCCACCUCGUCUAAUGUUGCCUGCGACGUUUGCCAUGUGUAUUUCCUGGAUGUUGGCACAGUUUGGAGCAUACACUGUUGGCAACCGCUGCGACUCGUCCUGGACCCGAGAUGCGUCCCCCGAUAUCGAAGACAGCCUCUACAAGGAGAUCAUUCGCCUGUUCAAUGCAUUUUUGAUUGCCUGGACCAAUACUGACUACCGGAUUCAUAUGGUGUAUGAUGAGCAUCAGUGGGCGCUGUUGCCGCUGCUCAAGUGCUCCAUGUUGAUUUUUAUCGUCUGUUUCGCUACUGCUCUAUGCAAAUACCGCUGGCGUUUCUUUAUCUGCGUUAUGCUGGUUUUGUACUUUCACCAAGACUUCAAACUUGAUCGCGAAACUUUCCAGAUCCAGGCCCUGUACGGGAUGAUUCUGAGCGACUUAUCGUACGAGCAGCGCUACAAAGAUUUGAUGCAGAGCGCCACCUGGCGAUGGCCUCGCCGUAUUGUCGCCUGGGCUCUGCUAGCUGGCGGUCUAUUUGUCUGCUCGUACCCUGGCGAACACCCUGAAUGGGCGCCGUGGUCUCAACGCAUGGCUGAGAUGUCCCCAUACAUGUUCCCGCCGGGUUCCAACUGGGGCAAGCGAUGGACGGCCAUUGGAAUCGAUAUGAUCAUCAUGUCUAUCUUCUUAACAAACUGGUCCAAGGAAUUUCUGUCGAGCACUGUUCUGCUGUGGCUGGGCAAGCAGAGUUUUGCCGUGUACUUGCUUCAUGGUACUCUCUUGCGCACUGUUCUAGUCUGGAUUAUCUACGGUAUUUCUGGUCAGCCAUGGGUAUUUACGACAGAUGAUGAGGGCAAUGAAAUCCCCCCUCCUUGGCUACCACGCCGUGCACCGUGGGUGUUCGCCGUAGGCAUCCCGUGUUGGCUGGUGCUGCUCUACGGCUGCGCCAGUCUCUGGACGAGCUACGUUGAUCCCGUAUGCGCGAAAAUCACCGCCAAAAUUGAAAAGCAAUUCUUCGAUGAAGAAGACGAGAAGGGACCUGAAUUGAUUCCCAUGGCCUCGCGGCCGAUGCCUACGACCUGA